AUGUGGACACGGCGAUCUGUUGUCCCGAUUCUCUACAUAUUUUUUGGUGGACUCACCUUCUUCGUGUACGGAGUCGAUUACGGCUAUCUCAACGGCCUGUUGGCCGCACCGUUAUUUAUCAAGAAAUUCGGGACCUAUGAUGCAUCGACGGACACAUAUGCCAUAUUGUCUAGUCGACUAUCCUUGCUGUCCUCGACCAUCUACAUUGGCUCUUUCUUUGGAGCCUUCAUUGCUGCUGCCAUUGGAGAUAAGAUUGGAAAGAAAUGGGGAUUACUGAUCGGAUGCUUUACUUUUGCUGCCGGGGCUGCUAUCCAGCUGGCUGCUGUCAACGUCAACAUGUUUAUUGCUGGCAGGGCCAUCUGUGGGCUUCAACUGGCAUUUGCGCUGGUUCUCAGCCCGGCGUACAUCAACGAGAUUGCACCCAAACAUCUCCGUGGCCUCGGUGUGAGCAUGGGUCAUCAGAUCCUCACUUUUGGAAACUUCUUCACGGCUCUGAUGACCUAUGCCGCUACUCGCCGGACAGACGAAUUAUCUUAUCAGAUCCCGAUCUCUCUGUGUAUCAUGGCCGCAGGGGUCUGCUCCCUCGCCUUGCUCUUCAUGCCCGAGACGCCGAUGCACUGGGCUCGCCGAGGCAACUGGGAGAAAUCGCGGGCCACCAUUGCUCAGAUGAGAUCCGUGCCUAUUGACGACCCUGUCGUAGCGGAGGAGGUCUUCGACAUGCAAGAGACGAUGCGGUACCAUAAUGCACUUGGCGAAUCAACGUGGGCUGAACUGUUCCAUCGACAGAACAUCCGACGGACAUUUUACAGCGCGGCAAACAUUGUGCUCUACAAUGCCUUCAGCGGCACCAUCUUCUUCCUCAGCUAUGGCGCCGUCUUUAUCCGCCAGGCUGGGUUCACCAACCCCAUAGCCGUCACUGCAUUGCUCGCGGGGACAAACGCCGUCGGAAGUUUCCCCGGUAUCUGGCUUGUCGAGAGGCUGGGCCGUCGUCCGAUGAAGUUCAUCGGCGGAACGGGUGUAGCAGUGUGCAACUUGGUCUGCGCUGUCGUCUAUACCGUCCGACCGACAGCGCCGGAGACCAGCAAGACCAUCGUUGCCUUCAUCACGCUCGGUGUCUUUUGCCUAGCAGCCUUCUAUCAACCAGCAGGCUGGGCGUACACGGCCGAGAUACCCACCGCCCGACUCCGCCAGAAGACGCUCGGCUUCGCCAAUGCAUGCUGUACCCUUUUCCUCUGGACCUUUCAGUUCUGCUCGCCUUACAUAUUCCAGGAUCCCGUAUAUCUUGGAGCAAAGAUUUGUUACAUUUGGCUUGGGGGAAUCUGUAUCUGUCUUGUAUUCGACUACUUUUGCCUCUAUGAGACCAAAGGAUUGUCGCACCACGAGAUUGACAUGAUGAUGGAUGCUGUUAUUACGGCAAGCCAGUCGACAAAAUGGGGAAAUGAGCUCAUCGAGGCCCGUAGCGACCUUCCUGUUGUCCACGAAGGCGAGGUGUGCUCAGUCGAGGAGAAUGUGGGUGGUGAGGAGAAAGAGAAGUCUUGA